AGUCAACAACAAUGGCAGCCACUAGCAAUCAAAACUUUUCCAUAUGUGGAGACCUUUUUCGCGUACUUUUUCUUCCUUCUAAUAUUCCAUUUAGAUAAUAAGUAUCAUUGCUUUGGCUAAACCGAAGAAUAAAAACCAUUCAAGUACAAUGCUAUUCCGGAUAUAUGAAUUACGACGCCGUACUUUCGGGUUUUCAUCAUUGAAAUAUGUUCGCAAUGUUAACAGCUGACGUGUAUGGUUGAUGCAAAAUUCUUUCUUCCACAGAUUACUCAUAUUUCUACCGGGUUUAGUUCGAGUUUCUUUAUUUUUUCAGACUUUUCAACGUACUUGUCAGAUAUUUUUCUGAAGAAACAAAAAUUCGAAACAAUCGAUCUUAGAUGGAAAGAGAACAAAAAUGGGAGUUUCGGUUACUUCAUAGCCUUCUGCAAAUUUUAAACUUAGAUUAAUUAAAUUCAUAUUUUUAAAUUGAAAAAAAAAUUACAUUGGGAAUUUUUGUCAUAAUCAGACAUAGCUGUUGGUGAUACGCUAAGAUGGAUCCAUUUGGUCAUACAGAUUUAUAUCCAUCAUGAAUGUAUACAUUCAAAGUUCAAAAUAAAAAGUUCUCCAAAUUUGGAAAUGUUCUCUCUACAAAACAUAUUACGAUUUGAAUGUCAAACGAAAAGUCAAAUAUAAAACAUUGACAUGUGCUACAAUUUGAAAACAAUAUAAACCCUGUGUUAGACCGAUUUUAAAACAAUAGCUCAUCAAUGCUAAUAAAAUUUUUAAAUAUAUCGAAAAGCCUGUCACGGCCGAUUUCUUUCAGUUUUAUUCGAGUUUAUUGCCGAUAUUCCAAUGAAAAUGAAGUAAACUCACCGAAAACAGCUGAUGGCCAUGAAUCAAAACUGAUACGAGUGCUCAACAAUUGUAAUAACUGGAAUUCGUUGAAGCCAGUCUUAACGGAGAAGAAGUUUAACUUGAUUCAGAAGUUUAAGAUUGAAAAUGGCGGCUCCAUCACGAAAUUUGAUGAAAUUCUGCAAAUAAAAGGGAUUAGUGUGAAAACAGUUGAUGAUCUUCGUCGAUUCUGUGAAUCACAAAUACAGGAAAAUCCAAAAAAUGCCAGCAGUACAGAUAUCCCAUCAAGUAGUGCAGAUAUUCCAUUAAUUCAUGAGCACGCAGACAUUCAGCCACAUAGUUUCGUUAAUAAUGAUAGCAGCUUCAUAUUUUAUGAUGAAGGUGUGCCACCCAUUGAUUUAUAUCCAACAGCAACAAAGUCAACACAGUUGAUUUCAAACCCAGACAAUUCAACGAAGAAGUGGAAAUCGUUGAAAUUAAUCCUAGAGCCUCGAUUAACCAAAUAUUCCUCGAUUCGUUCAUUUACGUCAAUAUAUCAAGACGCUACCGGAGUGACUUGCACUGAAUUUUCGCCAAUCAAAGGUGAAUGGGACAAUGGUGUUGAGAUCAAUUCAUGGGAUCAUCAUCGAGUGGAUUCAGUCGGAGUUAAGCAUGUCUUUCAAUUGUGCGAUCAAUUGUCACAAGUUGUUGAGAAAUUGCCAGUCAGUGAUAUUUACAUUAUGGACGAUCACAUUAAAUUACAACAUUUUCGAAAAGCAGUUACACCAAAACGGCUUGCCGAAAUUAUACAAAUGAGCCAACAAUUCGCUAUUCUAGUUACACUGCUACAAAAUCGAAAGAACUCUCAUGACUGCACGGAGUUAACACAAUCGAACGUCUUCUCGAUGAACUACAGCAUUGUGGCACGAUUGUAUGACCUGUUCGUGGGACGAGAACCGAUCGCAACUGAAAACAUUAUCAGAAACCUUUUGUAUAAUUCAAACAAAAGCCCAGAACAAAGCCCUGAUUUAUUGGCAAUUGAAUUGGAUGAUAAUACGAAGAAGAUAUUUUUAAAAUCGUAUCCAGUAGAUCGCGAAUGUUUAGGUAAAUCAAUGCUGAUGGGUUUAACAUUUAUCCGAUUAGGAUUACUUAAGACAAAUAAAUAGUGAUUCAGAACACCUAAAGUAUGAAACGAUUUCAUAAAUAAAAAAGCAGACAGGUUUCGUAGACAACUUCAGUUCGUUUUACUCCCAAAACAAACAUACGCAAAUUGCGAGACUCAUUCAUUUUCAUUAAUGUUAAGUGCAAAUGUUUUAUUUUUGUGAUAAAUACAUAAAACCGAAUUGAUUUUCUAAAUUGGGAAAAAAAAGAAAA